AUGUCACAGACUUCUAAUGUAAAUAUUAAUGUAACAGAAGUCUAUUCAAGCGAGGAGAUGGAGCAAGUCAAGAAAAGUCUUACUGGCCUUGAAGGAUUUAAUUAUGGCUUAAGACAAAAGCAAGCAUUUUCACUUCUGGAAGAAGGGCUCAAAAAACAUAAUGAAAGCUAUAAACGAAAAGUACCCGGAUUUGAAUGUUAUAUUCACGAAUACAAAACAGAUCCAUUUGCAGAUGUAAAAGUUGAUGAUUGCGAUUUUAUCUUCUAA